AUUGCAGCUAAAAGCGAUUACUCAGUUGCUCCUCAAGCAUGCUGCUACCAUGCAGCUGAUGUCUUCAUUGGCUACCACUCAGACACCUGUGCCUCUGUUGUCCUGCAAGUUACAGAACAGCUCAAAGGGCAAGUUUCAGAUCCUUUGAAGUCAAUCUUACAUGAGGCUAAACUGAUCCUUUUGAACUGUGCUACACCAGAUGCAGUGGUUAGGCUAGACAGCACUUCCUUCCCUAAAGUAGAAACUGAGCAGCUGUCAAAGGUGUACUUCGAAGACCAGAAGCAUAGCUCACUUGCUGAUGUCAUCCUUUCUCAAAUACAGCAAGCAGGGCCUAGCCAUGCCUUUUUCACAGAGGUAACUACAUUCUCAAGGCUUCUGACCGCAGCAGACACUGAACAGCUACAGAACAUAGUUCAAAACAUUGAGCUCCUCUCACUACAGCAGUUUGACAUGGAAAACUCAUUCCUCACAAAAAUCAAGAGUUUUUUGGAAAACACCACUGGAGACAGGAUACUUAUCAUUCAAACCAAUUUUGAUGAAAGCUCCCAAAGUGUAAAUUUCAUUGCAUCUGCAAAAUAUUCUUCUUUUAAUGAAAUCAACAAAUUCCGGAAAGAGUCAGAAGGAAAGAUAUUUGUGUUCUUCAUCACUAAGCUACCCAGAAUGGAUGGUGGAACUUCCUAUGUUGGAUUUCAUGGUGGCCCGUGGACAUCAGUCCACAUUGAUGACCUGAGAACAUCGAAAGACAUUAUCUCUGAUAUAAAAGCCUUGCAGUGCUUGACCAUCAGCCAGUUGUUUGAAGAUAGAGCAGAGAAAGCAGACGAGCCUGAAGCUAUGGAGGUUGAAGACUUGCAUACAGAAGAUGAGAAGAUGGAACUGGAAGACAAUACUGGCUGGGAGAAUGUUUUAGACACCAUCUUGCUGGUUCGUAGCUGUGUUCAGAGUGCCGUUGGCAUGCUAAGAGAUCAGGCAGAGGCAGGCACCCGCAGCACCAAGAGAAUAGAGAUUCUGCUAACGCUCUUGGCUGACAAUGACACUCUACACACUGAAUUUAUCAAAGUUUUAAAGAAACGACUUCAUUCUCUAUUGAUGGCACACGAUGAAAACACAAUCUCUGCCAAGAGCUGGGUGUUCAAGGAAGCGCUAAAUAUUGAUGCAUUGCAAGAAGGUGGGACUUUUAGACAUGCCCUGUGGAGACGAGUUCAAGCAGUAGUAACUCAAUAUUUUGCACAACUUGUCUCAAUUAUUGACCGUGACUGCAAUCUAGACCUCUUGCUGGACAGGAACUCUGAUGAAUCCUUGAAAAAAUUGUGGCUGGACAUUUUUGGAGAUGUCGAGUUACUGAAUGUUCCUCACACAAGACUGGAUUACAACCCAGAGAAGACGAUCUUGGUUCAGAACCACAUUGCAGUUAACAGGAAUGUGGGUUGCUCAAUGCCUUUCAGCUGGAGAAUUAAGGAAUAUCUAGAGGAACUCUGGGUACAUGCUUUGCAGCUAGAAGGACACUCUCUAGAGCAAUUUGAAGAGUUUUUUUGGAAGAUCCCAUUGGGCAAAUACAUCUAUGAAGCAACCCAAGAGAUGCAGAUGGAGUUUUUUCACAGGUAUCUCAGGGAUUUCAUCUCCAUGACCAUGAAGGUAACAUCAGUGGAGAAUCUUGAGCUCUUAUGUGAAGCCCUUACCUGUGGUGUAAAUGAGCUUAGAUGUAGUCAGGAGAUGCACGAGAGUGCCGUCAUUUCUCUGCCGUGGGUUCAUGCUGCCUACCAUCACUUCAAGAACCGAAUACAGAACCUCUACAGGAUGAUUAGUGUAGAGCCACAGAUUGCUCAGAUGCUUCUAGAUAACAGAUGCGACAGAGAGGAAACAGAACUGACGUUAGACGUGUAUGUUGCUAUGGCCUGUAUUGAAAGCCUGGAGCCCCAGGCUUUAGAUGAAGAUGUUCAAAGUGUGGCUUGGCUUAGGCGUGUAAAAAAGCUACAGGUGCCAAUUGAGCUGGUCUGCUGUGAGGAGAACCUGCGCCACUGUGGAGAGAAAAGCAAACAGAUUGUCAACCACAUCCAACGUGGCUGGCGUCGCAUAUACUCUCUGGCCUUGUUUGUGGAGCACAUGCUGCUGGGUGUCGAGGAUGUGCAUUUAAAGCUCAGGCCACUGGUCCUAGAACACAUUAAAUGCCUAGCACAGGUCCUGGAGCAUGACUCAGACCUCAAAAAGAAACAGCCGUUUGAGGCAGUGAUCACCAUACUCAAAGCUUGCAAAGAUGAAGCAUCCCAGAGCAUCUUUAGGUUUGGCAAUCAGCUUUGUCCAGUGUGCACGGGAGAUCCUCAGGACCCUUUGAGUCUGCCCUGUGACCACAUCUACUGCCUGACCUGUAUCAAAGAGCGUCUGGUGCCCGGUCAGAUGCUCUGUCCUCAGUGUCGCUGUGAGGUGCCUGAUGACUUUGAGCUCAAGGCCUCUGAGACAAUACAGGAUCUUAUCAGUCAAAAUGCAUUGUUUAGAAAGCGAUGCAAUGCUUUCUUCAUUGAGCUGGUGUCCACCAUGUGCUUCAAGGACAGUAUUCCUCCCAGCGAGGACGUCAUCCACCAUUUGUUGUCCUUCUUGAUGGUAGAGGCCCGCUCGCUCCCUCAGAUUAGAGGGAGAGACCAGAGGUUCUUGACUAAGGCUCUUUCUCCCUUUGAUGACUCUGUGGAUAAAAAUCCAGUGGUGCGUUCAGUGGUGCUGAAACUCCUGCUCAAGUACAGCUUUGACAAUGUGAAGCACUAUCUUCAGCAGCAUUUGACAGAAGUUGAGCAAAGCAGCAUCGUUCAGGAGACUGAUAAAACCGAGCUUUAUUCCUUGCACAUAAAUUGUUUGGAGGACUCGAUGUAUGAUCGGACACAAUGGCACUCUGUGGUGGAGCAACAGACCUGUUUGGAGGAUGAAACGCACUUUCUUCAGGAGUUCCUUCAGACUGGCUCUGUGUCUGCACACACUGUAUCUAUAGAGCACCUGCAGCAGGUGGCCAGAGUUCGACUGUGCCUGGAUAUGGCUGCUGACCUGUGCUUCAACAGAGCGACUAGUGCUGGUGCACAGGAUAUUUCUACAUCUGUUACCCCAGCAUUUUUGAACAGCGUGACUGAUCUGUGCCGUCGGAGCAGUAAUGACUGGUACAGGGUUUACCUCAUCAGAAAGAUCUGCAGUCUUCAUGGGGUUGAUUAUGUCCAGAAACUUCUGCCACAGGACGAGUACAGGUGGCUGUUUCCUCAGGAGAUUCUUGAUUCGAAUCAAGAUGACAACAAGAUUGACCGCUAUCUAGCAUGUGGACUGGACUACAAAACUAUUAGAGAUGAAGUAGGCAAAGCCAUGCUGGAUUGCAACAUGAAAAGAAUAGAGAAAGCCAUUGAGAAUUGCAAUAGCAAGCCUAUGAAGAAAGCUGUUUACGUGCUAAUGGCUUUGGUCAGAGAAGUAACCUUCUUGUACAGAAAUGGAAACCCCAGCCUGCACCCUACACCUGAGCAACGUGCUGGCCUUGAAGAUUGUAUCAGAAGCACAGACAUCUUUGUCAAUGAUGAAAUGAAGGCAUUUGCUGCAGCGCUGGUGAAUAAUAAUCUCGGUGAUCUGCGUGUACGACCUCAGCUGUCAGACAGUGAGCUCCUUCUGGUGGAGGUUACAGUUCACAUGGCUGCAGUCCUGUUGUGUGGAAAUCUGCCUUUACUGCAGCCACUGCAGCAGCUGGCACUGUCCCCGAACAACAUGACGGCUUCAUUCAUCCCAACUAUGCCGGAUGACAUGUUGGACGUGGCCCGACAGGUCUUGAAACAUGAAACGGCAGGCGUCAUGUUGUAUACCUGUCCUAAUGGUCAUCCAUGCAUCGUUGGUGAGUGUGGUCGACCCACACAGGUUGGCCGCUGCAUAGAGUGUAAGGCAGAAAUAGGCGGCACAAACCACAAUCCUGUUCACGGCUUCAAAGCCAUGCAGAAUCAAGGGGACCGUACUCAGUCGGGACACAUUCUGGGUGACGCACAACGUCGGGACCAGCCUGACAUGCAGGACACUAAAAAUAUGUCACCUGCUCCCUUCGCUCUUGUCAGACUGCUCACACACAUGUCCAUGCUGCUGGGAGCUCAAAAAACCCCACAGAGCAUCAAGCAGAUCAUCAAGCCUGCUGUGCCAGAUCCUGGGCCGUUCCUGAUGGCCCAUCUUUUGAAGGACAUGGAACAGCUGAGCAAAGUUCUGGGUAAGGGACUGGACGAUACAGUCAGUACCAUCCAUUUGACCAUCCACAGUCUACUGGAACCCUGUCAGCCCAGCCAGUGGCCUGCUCCUUAUGACAAAAACCUUUCCUCUAAAGAUGCAAGAAAUGGAUGGGAAAAUGCCAUGAAUACUGACGUCAUUACACAUCAGCUGAAGGUUCUGGAGCAACAGCUAAAGGAAGUGAAUGAUUCCAUCAGGAAAGAUGAGCGAGUGUCUUCUAAUCCAGUGAUGAAGAUGACAUUUGGGAAACCAGAGCUUUUCCUGCGCUCUUUGCCCCAGAACUCCCUCAUCCAUAAUUCAUCCAUCUGGAGCUGCAGGAGGAAGGUCUCAUUGUUGAGUCUUGCCCACACUGUGGAGCAGAACAAUGGCCGUGACACUUUACCUAUACUCUGGAGGUUCCUUCAGAGGGAAGCAGAACUACGGCUGGUAAGGUUCCUUCCUGAUAUCUUGGUUCUCCAGAUGGAUUUGGUAAAGAAGUUCCAGAACAUGACAGACCCAACCUUCAAAACCAUAGGAGGGUUCCUGGAUAGCCAAAAAGAAGUUUCACUAGCUUGGUAUAAAAAGCACAUAAACAUCUUCUUGUCAACAUGGAACCAACUCAGGAUGUCUCUUGCCACCACAGGAGAGAUAAAUCUGCCAGCUGAAUACACACAGAAGGAUCUGGGUCUGGACACUGACCUGGAGGUGCUGCUGCCACAGAGACGUGAUCUGGGCCUGUGCUCCACUGCCCUCGUCAGCUACCUCAUCGCCCUUCAUAAUGACCUUGUGUACACUGUGGAAAAACACACCGGAGAGGAGUCUGGUUACACGGUAAGCCCAGCUGACCUGACGGAGCUGCAUGUGAUCCAUUAUGAGUACGAGCGGGACCUGCUGCCGCUGAUCCUGUCCAACUGUCAGUACAGCAUGGAGCGCCGACAGGAAACACUGAUGGAGUACAACCUGCCCAGCAUUCAGCAUCAGAUCUUCACCCGCUUUCUACAGGGCAAACCUCUCAUAACCCUUAAUGGUAUUCCGACAAUGGUGAAGAGACAGGACAGAAAUUAUGAGAUCAUAUUUAUGGAUGUGAAGGGAAAAGUUCCACAAGAGCGGCUGCAGGCUCUUACACAACACAACCUGGUGAAGGAGCUGCAGUCCUACAGUGACGUGUGUGAAGCGCUGUCCACGGUUGAGCUGGCGCUGGGUUUCCUCGCCAUGACCGGGGGAGAGCCACAGGUGCAGCUGGACACUUACUUGAAGGAGGUGCUACAGAUGUCUGACAACAUGGCCCCACACGUCCUCAAGGCAUUGGGCAGGUGCGGUCUGAAACACUGUGUGGCGCUGUGGCAGCUGCUCAGCUCUCUCAAAUCAGAAACCCUGCUUCGCCUGAAGGGGGACCCUUUUAAAGACAUCAGUGAGGAGUACAAACAACCUCUGCAGGAGGAACACAAGAGCCAGCUCACUAGUUUUUUGACUAAAUCCAGCGCUGGUGCCUUCCUGUUGGAGAUUCAUGAAUUUCUGCUUUUAGUGCUGAAGAAACCAAAAGACACAGACACUUUCAGGCCUGACUGGGGUCUGAAAGAAACGGUUGUGUCCUACAUGGAGCGUAAGGGUCUGGACGUUCCUCCUGAGGUGGAAGAGUUCUUCCCUGAAGAGGUUCUGCUCUCGCAGUGCAUCGAAAUGUGGAAGUUCUCUGCUCUUCUGAGACACGGAAGAAAUCAAAAUUAGAUCCUGGAUGAAGUACUUCUGUUUUCUUACCCAAUCACUCAUAUUAGAUAAAGCUUAGUUUUGAUUUACAAAUGAUAUAUAUCUAUACAUCAGUUGCUCAGUACUGACGUUUUCGCAUGUUGAUUUAUUUUGCCUUGUCUUUUUUUGCACGUCGAAGAAUUCGCUUGCUCCACUAAUAUACAAUACUGACAGAUCUUGAUUAGAAUAUUUUAGCGCACAAAGUAUCUCUCUAGGAUAGUUAGCAAGAAUAGUACAACUUAUUACAAAGUUGCAGACAACUGUUUAACCAUUCUUUUGUAAUGUGUUUACUUGUGUGUACUCUUACGUACAUAUAAACUCAUUUAAGUCCUGACUCGAGGGCCUUUAGCAAUCACAUCCCUCUCACUCCACCACUUCACUUUCUUGCUUUCUAUUCCUAUUUGUCUGACCUAAUGGAUGAAAUGCAAAAAAGAAAAAAAGAAAAUAAGUGUGUUAUAGUAUAUAUUUGGGACAUUGUUCAUCAAAAUGUUUUGGUAAAAAUGUCAUUAGAUUGUAUAUUAAAAGGUGUUCCAUACAAAUCAUUUUCAGGGGUUUUAUUCUUAAUUUUACGAUUUCUAGCAAUGUUUCUAUGGACCAGCAUGUUUGCUGCAAUCAAUCAAUGCAAAAUGUUC